AUGUUUAUUAUAAUACUAUUCCAAAUUAUUACAACAACCUUUGCAUUUCCAGAUGUCACGCUCUCAUUUGGAUCUCUCAGACCAAAAUAAAAAGAUCCUGAAGAAAACCUGCCUGCUGUUGUUUAUGAAAAUAACCAAAUGAAUAGGUAUUUCGAUUAUGAUCAAUUCCCAUUAUUAUCCUGUUGUCCCACCAAUCUAACUAAGUAUAAAGUAGAUACAUUAAAUCUUCAUGGACAUGGUAAGUAGAAAUUUACAUUACCCUUAAUCAUCACAAAUAAUCAAGACAAAACAAUUGUUUUGAGAUAAUUAACAAUAACAGACUAUUUAGAUUAUUAAGACAUCCCUGUUGCUCCUCAAUUAUCUUCUCUACCAAUAAUAUAACCUCAUUAAAGUUUUGUUGUCGACCUUAUUCACAGUUGCGAAAGAUAAGUUAAUAACUCUAAUUACUGGAGCAUAUAAAAUGUAUUUAUUCGAUUUCAAGACUUUUAAGGUUUGAAUUUCUAAUAUUAAUUCAUAUGUGAUAGUGAUUUUCAUCCUAAAAGAUUUGAUUGGAGCAAUGUCAUCUUAAUUACUUUUGACUCUGUUGCUAUUAUUAUUUUAGCGACUUUCGGAAAAAUUUACUCAUUUCGCAUAACUUUUGUGACUCCUGCUAAAAGAAAAUAGUUUUAAGAGCAAAACAUCUAAAAUGUAGAUCUAAGUCCUUUUUAAGGAUUUUAUUUAUAUUGGCCUUAAGCCUUGGUAUACAUGAUGUUAUUACUAAUCGCUUUGUUUACUUCAAUGAGUUAUAAAGAAAAAGCAGAGCAAAUCAUAAAAAUCUUAGUCUAUAUAAUUUGCAUUUUAACUUCAUUCCAUUUUUUUAAUGAGAUCUUUGGUAAAUUUAGAAAUACUCUUCCAUUUUUAGCUUAAAAGAUUUAUUGCUUAAAAAUUAGGGAUUAUUUCUCAAUUAUUUUAUCAGCUCUGCUGCUAUUCUUUUAUCUUUAUUAUGAACAACCAUGGUUUGUUAGUAAUCUUUUAUCAAUUUGUAUUUUAGGAUCUUUGAUCAAAUUAUUCAAAAUAACAUCCUUAAAACAUGCCCUCUAAUUUUUUGUACCCCUUAUGAUUGUUGAUAUAUUUUGUUCCAUUUAUUUGAGUUAAACUGUCAGAUAUGAAUGGGAUAGUGUUGCAUUGAGAUAUUUCAACACUCCAUUAUCAGCAUAAUUUCCUUAUUUUCGAUAUAUAUACAAGAAAAAAUGUGCAUGGGUUUCUAUUUUCAAUUUGCUGUUUCCUGGUAAUUUGUUAAACUACUUAUUAGGUUUCUUUUUGGGUUAUGUAAACAGAUUUGACAAACAUAAGUAAACAUACGUCUACGAAAUUAUUGCCUUCUUUGGAUUACUUUUAGGACUCCUUUUUUGGGUUCUAAUUCAAUAUAUUUUUUCAUUUCCUCUUCCAACUUCUAUCUUCACAGAAGUGUUGAUGAUCCUAACUACCGCUUUGGUAGCAGUAUAGAGAAAUGAAUUCAAUAUAUUUUAUUCAGGGAAUUUCUAUGAUCAGAUACUCAUGGAUCCAUUCAAAAAUGAUAUUGCCCUUUAAGAGCCUACAACAGUGGAAAUGUUUGGAUUAGGCACUACCACUUAAGUAAUCAACUAGGACACUGUAUAAUAAUAAGACCUAGUGACUAGAGGAGAAUAAGGUUUAAUAUUUAAUAAUCAACUCUUUGCUGGACUGGCUUCCAUUAAUCGUUCUUAAUAAUAAAAUGUUUUAUAAUCAAAACAAUAAAGUCAAUUUCAAAAAUAUUGA